GCGGUCUCACCCACCGCCCUGCCGUCAGGAGGCGGGGGCGACCCCUCCCACAGGGCCCUGCCUGUCACCGCAGCCCUGAUCACUUUCUUUCCGUCUUCCGUUCUGCAGGGGUGUUUCCUCAGCAGAUACCCCGGUCCGUUCCCAGGCUACGAGCUCGGACACCAGCAGAAAGGGCUGGGUGCUUAUCCUAAUAGUUUCCAGCUCCAGCAAAUAGAAUUUCUCAAGGGGCAGCUCCCAGAAGCGCCUCUAAUUGGAAAACAGACACCAUCACUGCCACCGUACUUCCCUGGACUCUGGCCAAGGUUUCCAGGACCACCUGCCAGAGGCAGGCAGCAGGAGAGCUGGGGCGUCCCCAGGCCUGUGCCUCUCAGAAGUCAGGCUUUCCAGAGGGGGUUCCGGCCUCUGUGCCCACGUGGCAAGACCCGGCCAUGGAGAGGUGUUGAUACGCUUUCCGCACGCCUCCAGGAGCUGUACAUCAGCCAGGAGCAGGAACAAAGGGUCUUAGAGCUCUUGCAGGAGCUCGGCGCAGGGAAGGCCAUCACAGCACAUGAUCUGGCCAGGAGGCUCCAGGCCUCAAAGAAGGAAGUCAAUAGCGUCUUAUACUCUCUGGCAAGGAAGGGCAGGCUGCUCCGGGAGGUGGGGACGCCCCCCUUGUGGAGAGCUGCUGUCUCGGCUCAGGCUUGGGACCAGCACGGCCAGGCAGCGACAGCAGACAGCUGGAGCCGGGAAGCCCCAGUCUCAGACCUCAGUUUAGAAACUGAAGACAGAAACCCCACGUCUGGUGUGGAGGGCCCUCCCGAGCCUUUGGAUAUGGCCGAGAUCAAGGAGAGAAUCUGCGAGUACCUGUUUCAUGCGUUCAGCUCCUCCGCCCUGAAUUUGGCUAAAAACAUUGGCCUCACGAAGGCCCGGGACGUCAGUGCCGUACUGAUUGACUUGGAAAGGCAGGGGGACGUCUACAGGCAAGGGACGACCCCUCCCAUAUGGUAUUUGACUGACAAGAAGCGAGAGAGGAUACAGAUCAAGAGGAACGUGAACAGUGUUCCCGAAACCACUCAAGCUGCUGUCCCCGAGACCAAAAGAAGCGUGGAGCCCCCCCACUGUAACUCAGCUGUGCCAGAGGCCUCGGACAGCACGGCGGCCCCCGAAGCGAAGAAUGGGCAGGGACUGGUCCUCAAGCUGGAAAGCAGGCCGGAGGUCGUGACGCCGGAGCCAGUAACGCCGAAACCCCCCGUUCACGACAACGGCCCCUCCAGAGCAGGCUAUGUGGACGUUGAAAACGGCCAGUGGGCCACCGACGACAUCCCGGACGACCUGAACAGCAUCCGCGCAGCCCCAGGCGAGUUCCGGGCCAUCAUGGAGAUGCCGUCCUUCUACAGCCACGGCUGGCCGCGGUGCUCGCCCUACAAGAAGCUGACGGAGUGCCAGCUGAAGAACCCCGUGAGCGGGCUGCUGGAGUACGCGCAGUUCGCCAGCCAGAGCUGCGAGUUCAACCUGCUGGAGCAGAGCGGGCCGCCCCACGAGCCUCGAUUUAAAUUCCAAGUUGUCAUCAGUGGCCGAGAGUUUCCCCCAGCUGAAGCUGGGAGCAAGAAAGUGGCCAAGCAGGACGCAGCCACGAAGGCCAUGACGAUUCUGCUUGAGGAAGCUAGAGCCAAGGACAGUGGGAGGCCGGAAGAGUCGCACUACUGUCCCACAGAGAGAGAGUCCGAGAAGACUGCAGAGCCCCAGCCCACCGCCCCUUCAGCAACUCCCUUUUCUGGGAAGAACCCCGUCACUACAUUGCUUGAGUGUGUGCACAAGCUGGGGAGCUCCUGUGAAUUCCGCCUCAUAUCCAGAGAAGGCCCUGCCCAUGACCCCAAGUUCCAGUACUGCGUUGCCAUGGGGACCCAUACUUUCCCCACCGCAAGUGCCCCCAGCAAGAAGGCGGCGAAGCAGAUGGCGGCAGAGGAAGCCAUGAAGGCCCUGCAUGGGGAGGCGACCGACUUGUCGCCCUCCGAGAACCAGCCCGGAAGUGCCAGCUCGGAGCCGUUUGACAGCCUGGAGUCCGCGGUGCCCAGCAAGGUCCGGCGGGUUGGCGAGCUUGUCAGGUACCUGAACGCCAACCCCGUGGGCGGCCUGCUGGAGUACGCCCGCUCCCACGGCUUUGCCGCCGAGUUCAAGCUGGUCGACCAGUCCGGACCGCCACACGAGCCCAAGUUCGUUUACCAAGCCAAAGUCGGGGGUCGCUGGUUCCCGGCCGUCUGCGCGCACAGCAAGAAGCAAGGCAAGCAGGAGGCCGCGGACGCCGCGCUGCGCGUCCUGAUCGGGGAGAGCGAGAAGGCAGAGCGCAUGGGAUUCACGGAGCUCCCGCUCACCGGCAGCACCUUCCACGACCAGAUAGCCAUGCUCAGCCACCGGUGCUUCAACGCCCUCACCAACAGCUUCCAGCCCUCCCUGCUUGGCCGCAAGAUCCUGGCCGCCAUCAUCAUGAAGAAAGACUCCGAAGACCUGGGUGUCGUGGUCAGCUUGGGGACAGGGAACCGCUGCGUGAAGGGGGACUCGCUGAGCCUCAAGGGCGAGACCGUCAACGACUGCCACGCAGAGAUCAUCUCUCGCAGAGGCUUCAUCAGGUUUCUCUACAGCGAGUUGAUGAAGUACAACCCCCAGACCGCGAAGGACAGCAUCUUCGAGCCUGCCAAGGGCGGGGAAAAGCUGCAGAUAAAGAAGACCGUGUCCUUCCAUCUCUACAUCAGCACGGCCCCGUGUGGGGACGGCGCCCUCUUUGACAAGUCCUGCAGUGACCGUGCGGUGGAGAGCACAGACCCUCGCCACUACCCUGUCUUCGAGAACCCCAAGCAAGGCAAGCUCCGCACCAAGGUAGAGAACGGGGAGGGCACGAUCCCGGUGGAGUCCAGCGACAUCGUGCCCACGUGGGACGGCAUCCGCCUCGGGGAGCGACUCCGUACCAUGUCCUGUAGUGACAAAAUCCUAUGCUGGAACGUGCUCGGCCUGCAAGGGGCGCUGCUGACCCACUUCCUGCAGCCCGUGUACCUCAAAUCUGUCACGCUCGGUUACCUUUUCAGCCAAGGGCACCUGACCCGUGCCAUUUGCUGUCGUGUGACAAGAGAUGGGAGUGCAUUUGAGGACGGACUACAGCCUCCCUUUACCGUCAACCACCCCAAGGUUGGCCGAGUCAGCGUGUACGACUCCAAACGGCAGUCCGGGAAGACGAAGGAGACCAGCGUCAACUGGUGUUUGGCCGACGGCUGUGACCUGGAGAUCCUGGACGGGACCCGGGGCACAGUGGAUGGGCCACGGAGCGAACUGUCCCGCGUCUCCAAGAAGAACAUCUUCCUCCUGUUUAAGAAGCUCUGCUCCUUCCGGGGCCGCAGGGACCUGCUCAAGCUUUCCUACGGCGAGGCCAAGAAGGCCGCCCGUGACUACGAGGCAGCCAAGAACUACUUCAAGAAGGGCCUGAAGGACAUGGGCUAUGGGAACUGGAUCAGCAAGCCCCAGGAGGAGAAGAACUUCUACCUCUGCCCAGUAUAGUGCGCGCCGGCCACGGGGGGCUGGGGCGCGCACGCCGGGGCCCAGCUCCCGCGCCACGUCGGUCACGGGGCCUUUUUCUUCCUUUCCUGUUCGUUCUUCUUUUUCAUGGAGCCACGGUUGGUGACACCGAGACCGUAGGGUUGCCGUCCGCCCUCGUUCGUUGGGAAUGGCCGGCCGGGCCCCGCCAGGCCCGCUGCUUUCCCCAGCACAGGGAGAGCCACAGGAAGACGGGCGGGUUCGCUCCUUCCCGCUCAGAGCGGAAGCCGUCACUGGCCCCUGCAGCCCGUUUCCUGCCCGCUCCGUGGUGGUCGUUCCGUGUCCUCUCCCAGUUUGCUGCCCUGACCUCUGUGGUGGUCGUUCCAGCCCACGCUGUGAAUCGUAUCGGGACCGGUGGCUUCCUCUGUAGGUCUGCGGGCCCCUCUGCCCCCCCUUUUGAGAUCCCUUCCUUGGGGUCAGGUUCCUCCUUUUCCUCCAAGAGGGCAAAGAGAUGAACUCGAAGAAUUUGGUGGAACAUUCACGGGGGCAGGAGUUCGAAACCGCAGUCAGCUGUUAGCGAUGCCAGUGUGGUCGGAAUCGGCAGACGACACCUGGUCACCUUCAGAUGUUGCACUUUAGCCAGCUGGGGGAGCGAGAGGCCGGGGAAGCGGCCGCUCAGAAGUGCAUCCCUCAGCAAGGACCGAGGUGUUCCCUGCAGGGGUGACCCAGACCACUCCCUGGGGGUGCAGACAUGCCUUGCCGUAGCUCUAGGCUCCCGGCUCCCCUCCUCAAGCAUUCCUCGGAACUCGUCCUGCAGGGGGCUCAGGGCUGAACCCCAGCCAUCUGGCAGGAGGAGCCCUGGACGCGUGCUGGACGGCCAGCCGUCUCUGCUUAGAUAAUCAGGAUUUGGCAAGAAUAAGGGUGGAAGAUGACGUUGGGCAGGUCGCCAUCCCACCUCACUUCAGUCACAGCAAGGGGAGUGGACGAGCUCGCGGGUAAAGCAGUGUUUGAAAGAAUGCCGUAAACGUCGAUUCCUAACUACCGCAGGUGGCCUGUGAUCACACAGAUCUAAGAUCCAGACAAUUUUUCAUUUAAGUGCUUUAGUUUUGCCAGGUGGCUUCAGAAGGUCGUUCAUGGGCAGGUCACAGACCUGAGGUCUCCCCGCCUGUUAGGAAAUCUUUUUAGGGUUGACAGAUGGCAGCCAUUGUAGGUGAGAGGCCGGGUUGUCAGAUUCCGUGGCGGGGGGUCCCUGGCUCACACCCCAGGCCCACGUUGACUGCGGGGUCAGGGCGUGGGCCCCUCCGUGCAGUCUGGCCGAGGGCCGGUCAGCCGGACACACUCAAGAGCAGCACAGAGGCCCUGCCUCCCCGAGACCUGAGCCAGCUUCUCUCAGCCAGAGGGUACCUCUCUUCACCCGUGAACUUGGCAGGCGGCGCCCUGCGCGGUUCUUUACCCUCCCCCGCCCGCAGACUCCAGCCUUGUCAGCCACCGCCUGCCCACGUCUCCAGUAGGAGCACCCACGUUCACCCCUGUGUUCUUGUAGCUUCUGUUCCCCAAAGUUGAGAAGCCCCGAGUUUGUUUCAUACACUAAGGCGUCUUUGCAGAACCAAAGCAUCGUGGGGAGCAGGUAGGGAAACUGCCCGCCCCGGCGGGAGGGGCUGCCUACCCCGGUCCUGCGACUCUGCAGGGGGCAUGUUAGCCAGUCCCGCCAGGCAGGCCACUGGUCUCCGUGGUUCUUCAAGCUGGAGGGUGGCCCUCUGGGCCCCUCGGGCAUCGGCCCUUUGCCCGGAGCUCGUGGCUCUCGAAGACCAGCGUCCCGCUCACCCCAAGUCUUGUCCAGCAGCCUUGUGGAGUAGAGCGAGGCCUCCCUGGAGUAAAGUGGAGUCCCCUGGAAACAAGCCCGUAUUGGGCCCUGCACGGCCACACCCCACACCCGAGGCACACAGGACAGGAGGCUGCCCCAGCCUGGUGUCCCCUUUACUUUCUUGUCCAAUCUCUGUUUUUAAUAAGCAGGGCCCCCUUCUCCCUGCCCCUCAUCUUUUUUUUUAAAAUCAUCUUUGUAGUUGAUUUGUCUGAACUGUGGCAAUUGUGCAUUUUUGAAUAAUCACUUGUAAAAAUCAUCACUGCUUGAAGCUAUUUCUUUGACUCAUGUGGAAGAGACUAUUGGUUUUGGGGGUCUUGGCAGUGACUCCAGGAGCAGAAUGAGGAAGAGCCCAAGCGUGGACUUGGCCUUGACGGCUGCCGUCUGCUUUUUGAUUCUGCUUUUCUGUGUCCCCUGAUAACUAAUAAUAUACAUUCCUCUAAAUAAAAAGUUCACAGAAUCGGUAGAAA